GCACCGAUAGUUGUGUUGACGAGAAAGGAGAACAAGAAGAAGCGGGAUCUAACAGCCUCGCACAUGCGCAGUGUUGUCUCUGCUCAGCGUUGUUGAAGAUGGCUGCGCCCAUAGACCUGGAGCUGAAGAAGGCCUUCUCGGAGCUGCAGGUGAAGAUGAUCGACACGCAGCAGAAGGUGAAGCUGGCUGACCUGCAGAUCGAUCAGCUGACUCGAGUUCAGAAACAUGCUAAGCUAACGCACGCGGAGAUCGCUACGCUGUCGGACAGCACGCGGCUCUACGAGGGAGUCGGACGCAUGUUCAUUCUUCAGUCAACUGAAGAAAUCAACAACCAGCUGAAGGACAAACAGAGAACAGCUGAGGAGAAGAUCAGAGAGCUGGAGCAAAAGAAGGUGUACCUUGAACGCAGUGUGAAAGAAGCUGAAGACAACAUCCGUGAGAUGCUGCUGUCCAGGAGAGCUCAGUGAUGCUGCAAUAAUCAACACACAUGUUCAUGUCAGUAACUGUCUGCUAGUUGUUCAUAUUAAAAUGUUGAACCAGUCCA